AAGCCCACGGCAUCUUCGCCUUCCAAGCACAUUUGUGCUCUUCCCUUCCCUUCUUCCUCGGUUCCUCCUCCUCUCGCGCUCACACAAUUUAUACUCCUCCCCGCUAGUGCUAACAGCACUCACCGGGCUACUGGUGCGCUGUCCUAUCCUCAUCCCGCUCUCCCCUGGUGCCAUCAUGGCCAUGGCCGCCACGUCCUGCGCGCUGCUCCCGGCCCUUGUCGCCGGCCGGCGCCGCGCGCCGUCCCGCCGGCGCGCGGCCUCGCCCGGCGUCGUCCGGUGCUCGCUCGACAGCAAGGUCUCCGACAUGGCCGUCAACGCCCCAAAGGGACUGUUCCCGCCAGAGCCCGAGCACUACAGGGGCCCCAAGCUCAAGGUGGCCAUCAUAGGCGCCGGCCUCGCCGGCAUGUCAACUGCGGUGGAGCUCCUGGAUCAGGGCCAUGAGGUUGAUCUGUACGAUACCCGGACGUUUAUCGGUGGCAAGGUUGGUUCUUUUGUCGACAAGCAAGGAAACCAUAUUGAGAUGGGGCUGCAUGUUUUCUUCGGUUGUUACAGCAAUCUUUUCCGCCUCAUGAAGAAGGUUGGGGCUGAUAAUAAUCUACUAGUCAAGGAGCACACCCAUACAUUUGUGAAUAGAGGGGGCAAAGUUGGUGAGCUUGAUUUUCGGUUCCCUGUGGGAGCUCCAUUACAUGGUAUCCAAGCAUUCCUACGAACUAACCAACUCCAGGUUUAUGAUAAAGCAAGAAAUGCAGUUGCUCUUGCCCUAAGCCCAGUUGUUCGAGCUCUUGUUGAUCCAGAUGGUGCAUUGCAGCAAGUACGGGACUUGGAUGAUGUAAGUUUCACUGAUUGGUUCAUGUCCAGAGGUGGUACUCGGGAGAGCAUCACAAGAAUGUGGGAUCCUGUUGCUUAUGCUCUUGGUUUCAUCGACUGUGAUAAUAUCAGUGCCCGUUGCAUGCUUACAAUUUUCACCCUGUUUGCCACAAAGACAGAGGCAUCUUUGUUACGCAUGCUAAAGGGCUCACCUGAUGUUUACUUAAGUGGCCCAAUAAAGAAGUACAUAACAGACAGGGAUGGUAGGUUUCACUUGAGGUGGGGAUGUAGAGAGGUUCUCUAUGAAAAGUCACCUGAUGGAGAGACCUAUGUCAAAGGACUUCGUAUCUCCAAGGCUACAAGUAGUGAGAUCAUCAAAGCUGACGCAUAUGUUGCAGCUUGUGAUGUCCCAGGGAUCAAAAGACUUCUACCGUCGGAGUGGAGGCAAUGGGAUAUGUUUGACAACAUAUACAAGUUAGAUGGUGUCCCUGUAGUUACCGUUCAGCUUCGCUACAAUGGAUGGGUCACUGAAGUCCAAGACUUGGAGAAAUCAAGACAACUGCAGAAGGCAGUUGGCUUGGAUAAUCUGCUCUAUACUCCAGAUGCGGACUUCUCCUGCUUUUCAGAUCUUGCACUUUCAUCUCCUGCUGACUACUACAUUGAAGGACAAGGUUCCCUGAUCCAAGCUGUGCUAACUCCCGGUGAUCCUUACAUGCCACUGACGAAUGAGGAGAUCAUUAGCAAAGUUCAAAAACAGGUCUUAGAUUUGUUUCCAUCAUCUCGUGGCUUGGAGGUUACAUGGUCCAGCGUGGUAAAAAUUGGGCAAUCCUUGUACCGUGAGGCUCCUGGAAAUGACCCAUUUAGACCUGAUCAGAAGACACCAGUUAAAAAUUUCUUCCUAUCUGGAUCUUACACGAAACAGGAUUAUAUCGACAGCAUGGAAGGAGCAACUCUCUCUGGCAGGCGAACAGCAGCCUACAUCUGUGGCGCUGGAGAGGAGCUGUUAGCCAUCCGAAAGAAGCUUGCUGUCGAUGACAGUGAGAAGGCUUUGGGGAAGGUACAAGUGCUGCAGACAAGUUAAAUCUUGUAAUCACCCAUACUGGAAUGCCCAAAAACAAAGCUUCCAGGGUUGUAGGCGAUUGCUGCAGCAAUUUCUGUAAAUCCUGUUUGAGCAUUAGAUUUGCCGCUGCCUCUUACCCUCGACACAGUUUGCCCCUUCGCUUGUUCCCAUCAUGCAAUUUGCAACCAGGUGUCUAGGUGGCAUACAGGAUUACAUCAGGCAGCGUGUAUGUUUUCAGUUAGACUAAGACCAGUUAUUGGCAUUAUUGAUGUUUCAUAAUGCACAUUUUCGAGAAUUGUCAUGAGAAAUGUAAGAGUUUUGGUAUAGUAAGAUUUGUGGAACAGACUGCCCAUGAUCUUACUCUGUGUGGCUAUAGCCAUUUCCUAAUAUCAACUCCUGCACAUCUAUAAGGCAAU